UUACAAAAUACAUUUUCAAAAUUACGUUCAUAAUAUUUCAGAGAUUUUUAUUAAUAACUAUUAUAGAGGUUAAUAAAGUGUUUAAAAUACAGGUUAUCGUUGAAAGCCAUAACUUAUACUUUAAUAUUAAUAUUUAUUAAUAGUACUUUUAUAUAUUUUUAAUUUAUACUGAAAAAUUAUGCUUCCAUUAAAACCGCCGGUUUUAAAAAAAGAAUUAGAUACAAGUUUUAUUCCAUUUCCGAUUUGUGAUGAAAAUGGAGAAAUAUCAAAGGAAUCGUGGCCAACAUUUCAUGGAGUUCUUGACAAGCAGACAGUUAUUAUUAAUGAUUCAAAUGAAAUUGUGCGCCUUACGAAUUUUGGUUGUUUUGGUCAGUCUAAUCUACCUCAUCGGGUUACAAGUUUCACUUACACAAACUCUAAAAAUAAAACCACAAAACGUAAGAGGAACUGGGGUUCAUUGCAAUUAUUGCCUUACAAUUUCACUGAAAAACCAAACGACAACGUUAAUGAACCAAAUGAGGAAGAAGACAAUCCAAUAAAUUGGAACGAUCUAAAACAAAAUUUUCCCGAUAAAUAUGAAAGUUUAAAAUUACUUGCUGGACAAAAUCAAGAUAUAGUUUACCAUUUACUGUUAGAAGAAGCGUUCUUUCUUCACUUUACACUCGAAUGUUUAGAGAUUAAAAACGAAGAUGGAAUGUUUAUUAAUACGACGCAAUGUUGGAAUAUUUUCAACAGUUUAAAAACAAAUUUUCCUUAUUAUUAUGCUGCAUACCAUUAUUAUAGAUCUAGAGGAUGGGUAGUGAAGCCAGGUAGCCAGUACGGUGGAGAUUUUGUGUUGUACAAGAUAUCUCCAGUUUACUACCAUUCAUCCUAUGUUGUUAUCAUUACCAUAAAUGAUCAAAAUACUAAAAUAACAUCUUGGCCAGAAAUGUUGGGUUGUGUUCGAGUGACAGAAGCAGCUAGUAAAGAUUUAAUUUUAUGUACAGUAUUCGGUCCACCUUAUAACGAUUCUAGCCCUAUUGAUAUGACUAAAUACACUGUAACCGAUACUAUUAUUAAACGUUGGGUUCCAGCUCAAAACAGAUAACAUGUGAAUUGUGAUUUGUUUUAUAUAAAUAAAAUUUAUUGGUUAUUUUUUUUUUA